AUGUCAGAUCCUGAAGAAAAACCUUUAAUCUCUCAGUAUCCUCCAGCAUAUUCCUUAGCUCCAAGUAUUGAUAACUCACAACAACCUGCUCAAAAUCCGCCUAAUGAAAAUAUCCAGCAAAAUCAAGAUCAACCUCCUCCAUAUCUUGAGUUUUACGAUCCCAAUAUGAGCUUAGGCCUAACAAGUCAGAAUAUAUAUUGUCCAACAUGUGGUAAAAACACAUGAACUCGAAUAGAGAAAAAGAACGGAUGAUUUACCUAUCUAAGCUGCACAUACCUAUGCUUGAUUGGAUGCUUCUGUGGAUGCUGCUUGAUACCAUUUUGUGUAAAAAGGUGCAAGGAUUCGCAUCAUUACUGUUGCAAUUGCAAUACUCGCCUCGCAGUUGUUGCACCAAUUUAA